AUGGAAAAGUAUAAACCUGCUUUGGAAGAUGUUCAAAAACUAGCGAAUAAUAUUUUACUCAAAGAUGAACAAAACCAUACCGAUUAUAUCAAAGAUAGGAUAGAUGAAAAACUGAAAGACUUGGAAAAGAGAUGGGAAGGUCGUCUGCAACAGGUGAAGACUGAAAUAGAUCAAGUUAAAGAGUUUCACAAUAACCAUACAGAUUUAAUUAGAGAAAAGAUAGAUGAAAUACUGGAAGACAUGGAAAACAGAUGGAAAGGUCGACUGCAAAAUCUAAAGAAUAAAAUAGAUCAAGGUAAAAAAUCGCAACAAAACCAUACAGAUCAUAUCAGAGUUAGGAUAGAUGAAAAACUGACAGACAUGGAGAAGAGAUGGGAAGGGCGACUGCAAAAUAUAAAGACUGAAAUAGAUCAAGCUAAAGAAUCUCAACAAAAUCAUACAGAUUAUAUUAGUCAAAAGGUAGAUGGUAAACUGGAAGACAUGGAGAACAAAUGGGAAGGUCGACUGCAAAAUAUAAAUACUGAAAUAGAUCAAGGUAAGAAAUCGAAACAAAACCAUACAGAUCAUAUCAGAGUUUGGAUAGAUGAAAAACUGACAGACAUGGAGAAGAGAUGGGAAGUCCGAUUCCAAAAUAUAAAGACUGAAAUAGGUGUAUUAAAGACAGCUAUUUCUUUCACUGCUACACAUCCACCAACAAGGAAUCCACAGGAGGGCGAUACGAUCAUAUUUACAAGAAAAAUGCAUGACACAGCACAAGCAUACGACACCGGAAGCGGCAAGUUUAGAGCUCCAUUAGCUGGAACAUAUCUUUUUAACGUUCAACUUUGCUUGGAACACGGUAAGAGUUAUCUGCAUUACUCAAUAAUUGCUGGGUCUAGGGAACUGACACAAACGCUUCUUCAUGAUUACGAAGAAAGGUUCUGCAAUAGCGCAACGGCCAUCGCGCGUCUUGCAAAGUAUGACUAUGUGUAUGUUAAAGUGACGGCAUCAAUAACAAAUUCUUUAAAGGAUGAACAAGGUGAGCGUUGUCAUUUCAGUGGAGUUUUAUUAAACACCUUAUAGCAAAAUAUAGCAACGUAAAGUGAGGAAAGUGACAUUACGAACGGAUUCUACCAAGAGAUUACAAACGUAAAGAAAACUAAUUUAUGAAACUGACUAUCCUGUCUUGAGUGAAAUAACUUUACAUCAAUGAGAAUAGAAAAUUUUAAAAUGCAGGGCAUUUUUGUAAAGGAUGAAUGUUGCAAAAUAAUAUAUAUUCACAUUUUCAUCUAUUUAAUUUGAUUGUCAUUCAUGCAUAACCAAAUAUAUAUACAUGUAUACUAUUAUAAUGAAACCUUAUCCGUGUUUUGUUUCUUUUACUUAUUAAUAUCCCAGUAUAACUUUG